AUGUUCAAGAUAACAGGAAUAAAAAGAACGGACAAAGGGUUUCUUGACGAUGUCCAGAAGAUUCCAGGGAGUGGUGAUGUGGAUGAAGUUAUAAGUAGGCUUAGGAAGCUCAAGAUCUUUUCUGCAAUAGCCAAGACCAGUGAUGGCCUGUCUAUUAGUGAAGAGAAAAGAAGUGUUGGGUUUAGCGGAGACACAACGGGAAGAGUUCCAAAAGGCUAUCUCAAGAUAAAACUUCCAAAUCUCUUUGGAAAGGCAGAGAACCUUGAAGUUUCGAUGUCAACCUCGAAAGACAUGAGUUUCCGAUUCACUAAGCCUAUUCUUUGGAAGUCUCUAAGUUUUCUCAGCAUAUCUGGGUCUAAGGAUGUAAUGAAGUCUCCACACGAGGAAUAUCCACACACUCGUGUGAGCUUAGAGGUUGAAAGGGAGAACCAAAAGAUAUGUGCAGGAAAAGAGAGAAUUGGAUACUUGGACCAGGCAUUUAUUGAAGUUAAGCAAAGACUUGCAGCGAUCAACAUUAGGAGUAAGAUCGGUGUCUUUGAUUCAAGGUCUUCGAAACUAUUCUCGAAAACACAAGCCGAGAUGAUCCUAGGCAAAUCUCUCACAAGAAGCCUUUUCACGGACAUACAUUUUUCCACAGGGUUGAUACUUGGAGAACCACAUAUUGCAGAGAGGUACUACCUUGGUGAAAACAUUAGAGGGUACAGGGGCAUGAGCAUAUCUCCAAGCAAUUGUGGCCUGAAGAUUGGAGGAAACUCUUUCUUUGAGGCAUCACACAGGAUGGGGGUGUGUAAGUGGCAAGCAAAAGGGUUUUUAUUUUGGUCAUUGGGAUAUGUAUCUGAGAAUAGAAACAUAGUGAGUAGCCUCAAGCCUGUCAUGCGGUCCCGCUCCUACAAAGACGAUGAAUGCUUUGGUGCUUCUGUUGGGUUGGGAGCAAGUGUGCCUGUCAUGAAAUCUAAGGAUGGCCCUGUUGUGUCUGUAAGCUUUGCUAUUCCUUUGACUAACAAUAGACAGGUACAAAAGCUGCAGUUUGGGUUUGAUAUGGACUUCUAG